AUGGAGUUCCCCGUCCCCUUCUUCCAACGCCCCCGACCCUCCCGCCCCUGCAGAGGGGAGAUCCCAGGGUUGCAGAGAUUCCUGGCCUCGGUGCCACGAAGCCCCCUCCUCACCUACUGGCCGGUGACGGGGGACUCGCUGGCCGGCGAAGCUACCACCCCCGGCCCGGGCUGGAGUCCGGGACCCCCCGAUCGGGUCACGCCCGCGCUGGGUAGUGACCGGCGCCUGUACCGCAGUGUCCUGCUCCUUCAGGGCCUGCUGCACGGGAGAGGCAGCAUGGCGCAAUGGCUAGAGCUCGGACCCGGCAGUCAGAAGCGGUGGAGCGACUGCCCACCCCCGGCCUCCGCGGCGACCCGCCUCUUCACCCUGGACCCCGGCGUGCCCAGCCCUGGCUCAGUGUCACCACCGGACGGGAUCUCUCAGGUGUCGGCAUUUGGGUCGGGUAUCGACUCCGUGCGGUCAGAAAAAUCAGCCAAAAGCCCCGCAGAACAAUGUGGUCCUGCCCUGCCAGAGCCCUGCGGGGCAGUUUCCAUGUUCGCGGGGAGGGAGAAGGAAUUUGAGGCAGCGGGAGGCGGCCUGAGGCACCGCCGGCCCCCCCCCGUCCCGGACCGCGGGCAGCAGAGCCGGGGCGGCCAGAGGUACCAGCGGGUCCGGAUGGGGUUUUCGGAGCUCCUGAACUCCAUCGGGGGCCUGGGCACUUUCCAGAAGGUGCAGACUGCCCUGCUGCUCCUUCCCUGGGCCCUCCUCUCCAGCCAGAACCUCCUGCAGAACUUCACGGCGGCCGAGCCGGACCACCGCUGCCGGCUCCCGCCUCCGGACAACCGGAGCGGCUCGGGCGACCUGACGGGGCCCGUGGGUGCCCGGGACCUGCUGAGGGCGUCCGUGCCCCUGGAUGCCCAGGGGCGGCCGGACAGGUGUCUCCGCUACCCCCGGCCUCAGUGGCAGCUCCUGCUCCCCAAUGCCAGCGCGGAGGGCCUGGUCACCGAGGGCUGCCUCCAGGGCUGGGUCUACGACCGGACCGUCUUCCUCUCCACCAUCGUGACCGAGUGGGAUCUGGUGUGCGGAAAGGAGUCGAUGAAGUCCAUAGCUCAGUCCGUCUACAUGGCCGGGCUGCAGGUGGGGGCUGUGGUCUUUGGAACUCUCUCCGACAGGUUUGGGAGGAAGACGAUCAUGACGUGGUCGGCCCUGCAGAUGUCCCUCACCGGGGUCUGCGCCGCCUUCGUGCCCACCUACGCCAGCUACUGCGCCCUCCGCUUCCUGAGUGGCAUGGCUCUCACCGGCGUCUGUCUCACCAGCCAUUGCCUCAAUGUGGAAUGGACUCCCACCCAGAGCCACACUCUGGUGAACACCGUGACGGCCUAUUAUUUCACCGUGGGCCAGCUGAUCCUGCCGGGAGCAGCCUACCUGAUUCGUGACUGGCGUUGGCUGCAGUUUACCCUCUCUGUCCUUUUCAUCGUAGUCUUCUUCUACUCCAGGUGGCUGCCUGAAUCGGCUCGCUGGCUCCUCAUCCACAACAAGCCGCAGAUGGCUGUGAAGAGCCUCCAGAGAGUGGCGAGGAUCAACGGGAGAGCGGAAGAAGGAGAGAAAAUCACCCUCGAGGUGGUGAAUUUCCACAUGGAGAAGGAGCUGGACGCCAUGAACUCGUCCCCGUUUAUCUCCGACCUCUUCCACACCCCGACCAUGCGCAUGGUGACCUGCUGCAUCAUGCUCCUGUGGUUCGUCUGCUCCUUCGCCUACUACGGCCUGGCCAUGGACCUAGAGAAAUUCGGGCUGAACGUUUACUGGAUUCAAGUGCUGUUCGCUGCCGUGGACGUGCCCGGGAAGCUGGCGGCCGCUUUGGGGAUAUUCUGGUUUAGCCGCCGCUUCACCCUGCUCAUCUUCCAGCUCCUGGCGGGAAGCAUGAUCAUUGGCAGCAUAUUCAUCCCACCCGGCAUGUCCAUCCUGCAGAGCAUCUUGGCCCUGAUGGGGAAAGGUUUUCUGGCCAGCGCCUUCACGUGCCUCUAUCAGUACACCCUGGAGCUCUUCCCCACCGAAAUCAGGCAGAUGGGGAUGGGCGCCGGUUUCUUCAGCUCCCGAAUGGGCUCCCUGAUGGCUCCCUUCAUCUACGUCGUCGGCUCCCACGUGCCCAUCCUGCAACCGGUCCUAUUUGGAGCCGCCCCGCUGCUGUCCGUGUUCGCCGUCUGCUUCCUCUUCGACACCCGGAACCUGCCGCUGCCGGAGACCGUCCAGGAGGUCGAGGGCAGGGUGAAGAAAAGAGCCGAUCGGGGAGGCCUCUGCUGCAAGAAACGGCACCGGCUGACCCCAGGAGCCCUGGACCUGCUUCCUCAGGAGCGGGAGCCCUUAGCUGCCGACUCUCCUCCGCAUCCGGGCCCCGGGGCCUCGUCCUUCCCUCACGAAGCUACGUGA